UUUUAGGUGAAUAUAAUAUUAAAAUAAAAUAAAAGAAAGAUAAUGAUUAGGUUAUGCAAGACUCUUUAGACUUGUUAUGCACUGCUCAUAUAUAAAGUUGAAGAUUGUAAGCAUAAUCAAAAGCCAUCUAUCUACUUCAUCUCAAAAGGAGUCAAAGAUCAGUGAUUUGGGAUCAUAAUUAGUGAUUCAAUGGCUAAGAGUUCGUUUAAGCAAGAACAUAGUCUUGAGAAGCGGAGCGCAGAGGCUGCAAGGAUCAGGGAGAAAUACCCAGAUAGGAUUCCGGUCAUUGUGGAGAAGGGGGAGAAAAGUGAUAUUCCCAACAUUGAUAAGAAGAAGUAUCUUGUCCCAUCGGACUUGACCGUGGGACAAUUUGUUUAUGUUAUUCGCAAAAGGAUCAAACUAAGUGCGGAAAAAGCAAUCUUCAUUUUUGUGGAUAAUGUGCUGCCACCAACAGGGGCUAUUCUGUCGGCUAUAUAUGACGAGAAGAAGGAUGAAGAUGGUUUCCUCUAUGUCACAUAUAGUGGAGAGAACACAUUUGGUUCCAUAACUAAUAUUACCCCUUGACUGUCCUGCAGUUUCAUUGCUUUCAAUUGUAUAUAAUUUCAUUAACAUAAAUAUUUCCUGAACUCGAACUUAUAUUUUACGCUUUUUUAUUUUUUAUGUUCCUAUCA